CCACAAUGGCUGAGUAAAAGUGUGUUCUUAUUUCUUGCUAUGACAAACGACUCAUUAGGCUCAUGUUAAUGGAGCGUUAUCUUUGAUGUCGGUAGAAGCGGAAGCGAAAUGUAAAAUAGUUUCUUUUUUUUUUAAGACCGGACACUUCAGUAAAAGCAUUUUGAAGCCAGUGUGUUUGUUGUUAUUGUGUGGCUUGAACUGUACGGCCAGGUGUUAGCGGCGCAUGAGUCGUAACGUACAGUACUGAUUUGUUGUUAAUUGCAUUAGAUUAGGAGCGCGCCCCAAGGGAUACAUUUGUAUAUGGCGGCUUUAUUGACUCUUAGUAAUCACGAUAAUUGUGCAGUGACUUUACACCUUGAGCACGAAAGCGAAAAAACGUCAGUGAAUUAUCCAUAAAGAUCACAAAAUCAAAAAUUAAGAGCACAUAACAUCAGUUAAGCGUUUUGUGGACUCAAAUUUCGAUUUCCUGCGUCAUGAAACGAGUGACUGGUUUUUGGCACCAGUCACCACAAAAUAUAACAAUUAACGACAUGGACCAUGUAUGGCUUCGUAUUUUAAACUUAAAGGUAAGGAAUUAUAAGAAAAAAAAAAAGAAAAAGGAGUAAAUAUUCAAGACAAGCAGAGUUCUCUGCUCGAAGAUUUCAUUUUUCUGAGAAUAUUCUAGGGUUUUCCGCUCCCACUACUCAUUUCACCGUGGGAUGACAUGGUGUCAUUUUUAAUUGUGGUAAUUAUACACCGGGCAGUAGAUUUGCUACCGUAUUGUUCUAAGUCACUCACCGAAAGCGGAUUUUUUUUUACGUGGACUGAGUAGGCGCGUAUAUAAAAAGUAACAAACAAAAUAUUUGUUCAUUCGGGAACGAUUCGAAACCAAGUAUUGGUGAGCUCUUUGAUUGCAGUCUAGAUGUUUGUGGAAUUUCAAGGCAUGCAGAGGUUCUUCCUCUAUACGACACUCGUUUUUGUGUUCACCGUCGGAUGGCUCUUAAAGAUUGUCCCUUUUUUCAAGUCGUUCGUCAGCAUUGCUAUGUGCAAAAUGACAGACACUUCCUUGCCAACGGAACUUUACUGGGAUUCGCUGUUUACCUGGAAAAUGCUUCAGAAUGUUUAUCAUUGCGUGCUCGCUGACAAGAAUAAGAAAGUCAAACUGCACGGCAAGGCCUACAACUCUCCAGUCGUGUCGGUCGAUGGAAAACGUUGCCACCGGCUUCUGGACUUUGCAAGGGGCAGCCGACCUCUGGUGCUUAAUUUCGGGAGCUCAACCUGCCCAGUGUUCAUGCAAAUGUUGAAAAGGUACCAACAAUUAAAGAACGACUUUGCAGAGGUGGCCGAUUUUGCUGUGGUCUACAUCGAAGAGGCACAUCCAGUAGAUGGCUGGGCAUUUAAGGGGAUCAGUGACAUUCCAAUGCACCGUACACAACUUGAGAGAUGUAAGGCCGCUCAGAAGAUGACAACAUCCGUCGACCUUUCUGGUUGUAUUGUGGCGGUGGAUUCCAUGUUAAACGCGGCAAAUAUCGCCUACGGUGCUGUGCCAAUUCGACUGUACAUCGUGCAAAACAGUGAAAUUGCCUACGAGGGUGGCCCAGGGCCCAUGAAAUACCGAAUGCAAGAGGUGAAGACAUGGUUGGACCGAGCAAAGUUACUACAACAAUGACGUUGUGUUUAAAAUGUUGCGAGAGACUGACAGAGAAAACUGGUGUUAAGUUUCUCCUUUGCCGAUAAGAGAGGAAUCUUUGCGUAAGAGAAGAAAUACCACAGAAGGGUUCAGACUGUCCAAAGCAAAAACUGAUAUGGCAAUCAAAUCAAAAAGAUAUAUCAAGAGGACACUCCGGCAUGGUUCAAAGACUAGAGAAACUAACCCUGGCCUUGCCAAGCCGUCAGGCGUUUCCGGCUCUGGUUAUAAGCCUACAUUGAAAUCCCGGAUCAGGAGUAACAAGAUGAAAAUGGAUUUUGCUCUAGUGAUAAAUUAAUUAAACCUUGAAAAACUUUAAGAAGGCGGGCAUACUCGAGUCAAUGCCCUUUGGAAACUUUAGUGAAGCAUACCAUGUCCACAACAUAUACUUAGUUCUGACAGCGAAAGACGAUAAUUUAGUUAACAAUUUCUAGUAAGAAUGGGUAGCAUAAGUGCUUUUCACGUUCUCAUCUUUGACGGAAAAGUAAUUAAAAAAAGGAAACUUCAGUGUUUGAUCCACAUUCCUUCGCAUUAAUAACCAUUAUAUAGAUCACAUAUUAUAUAUUCUUCUUUUCAGACUCCUAUCGUUUAUUGUUUGAAACAUGUGAAUAUGGUAGUAGUGCCUGUAUUUUUUGUUACUGAAUAGACUUCUCACCAUUUGUAUAUACGUCUUCGCAUCCAAUUUGUAUAUACGUCAGCAGCGUGUAGCUACGUAAACAAAUAGUCUUUAGGGUUCUCUAAUCAUAGACUAACUCAGCGAAAUCUUACGUUUUUUUGUCACUGAGUAUCAGAACUGCUUUCUCUAAAUACAUUUACGUCUAAUGUCUCAGUCAAGUAA